AUGCGAUCGUCCCCAGUACCCCACGGCAGCAGUUUCCCGGUUGGCUUCGUCAACCGUGGCAGCUAUUUUGUGCCGGCACCCACCCCCCUGCUCUCAGAAUUCUGGAAGUGCCCUCAGGGACCCAACAAGGUGGUAGGCAAAGAUGGUGAUGCGUGGGUCGGCCAGGCAAAGUCCGACAUCAACGUGGGUCUCACGCGGUCCGCUCUCUCCGCUGGCACUCCGGAGUAUCUGAAGGAAGCCCUGGGCAUGAAGAAGCCGAAACACGCCCGUUUCGCCGCCAGUGGCUACAUCCCGGGCACUCCGAGCUACAAAGAGAAGGAAGACAUGUACGACGAGAUACUUCAUUUAAAGAAGGAAAUACAGGCUCAGAAAUGCGAAGGAGAUCGAAUGAAAACAAAGUUUCGGCGACUUGAAGAGGAGAAUAACCGAAAAGACAAACAGCUGGAGCAGCUGCUGGAUUCUUCUCGGGGCUCUGAGUUUGUCGGGUUACGGACAGAGCCAAGGAGCGAUAGCAGCUGGGUGAUCAACGGCUUGAAGCAGAAGAUCCUCAAGCUGGAGCAGCAGUGCAAGGAGAAAGACAACACCAUCAAGUACGGCGACUCUUGAUGUAACGCGCGCUCAAAGGGACGGGGUUGGUGGGGAGGGGCAGGUAAAGACGGC